CAAAAAUGGUUGGUGCAAACGGCCAUCAAUCAAUAGUUAAUACAUUUUUUUAACAGUAACUUUAAAUAAUUGACUAGUGUUUAAGUUUGCCGUAAUAAUUUUUAUUCUCUGAACCAUUAUUUCUUCUAGAACAUUCUGAAACUGGGUUGUAUACAGCGGCAAGUGAUCUUCAAAGAAGUUAUUCAAAAAUUCAAAGAACUUUGAAAAAGCCCUAUAAAAUUUUGUCUGUUCAAAAACUUACGGACAAUCAAAAACAGAAGAGCAUAUUAUGAAGUGAUGAGUCAUCAUUUUCAACAUCUGGGUCCUUAUUCUCGAAACAGGGGAGCAGCGUUCUCAUGAGAACGAAUGUUCUGUCUUUGUCGCUUAUAUUCAUAUUCCCAUAACACUGACAAAAACAGAACCUUCGUUCUCCUGAGAACGCUGUUCCCCGGUUUCGAGAAUAAGGACCCUGGGGUUCACAAUAAGCAAAAUAGACGCUCAUGGGAGAACAAAAACCAUAGAAAGAGGAAAGUCAACGAAAUCAAAAAGUCAGGGCGAAAAACCGUGAAAGUUUGGUGUGGAAUUUUUAAUGGAAAAGUAGUCGGACCUAUAUUUUAUGAUACAUUAACAAGAGUAACAUAUUUAAAUAACAUUAUUCCACAAGCUUUUGAUUUAAUUUAUGAAAACUUUGGGUUAGAAGAAAUCAACGCUAUGAUAUGGCAGCAGGAUGGCGCCCCACCACCGCACAAUGUAGCAGAGGUUCAGGAUUACUUGAACACCCAGUUUCCUAUUUAGAUAGGAAAAAAAAGGGACUAUAAAAUGGCCUCCCAAUAGUACGGACCUCACACCUUUGGAUAGUUUUUAUGAGGAUUUUUGAAGGCUAAAGUGUAUAAUAAAAAUAAUGAAAAUAUUGAUGCAAUUAAAACUAAAGUUGGAGAGGAAAUAACAAACUUGAACACGGAAAAUAAUAAUGGUGUUUUAAGAUCGAUCGAAAAUCUCAGACGAAGAUAUGUAUUUCUUAGGUAUUGAACAAAAUGGAGAUCAUUUUGAACAAUUUUUGUAGUUUAUCGGUUAUUUUUGUUGUAGAUUUUUUCAUUUAUAAGUAGGUUACUUGAAAAUUGGACUAAUGCAACAAUUUCCAUACAAUCCAUAUUUAUCACGAUAUAUUUUUUUUUCUUCCACAAAAUCUAAAUGCCUUUAUCUCGAAAACGGUUAAAGAUGAGAUAGUUUUAACUUACAAAGAUUUGUCUUAAAAUUGAACGUAGAAUCUAAAAAUCAAAUAAAAUACAGGGUGUCCCAUUUGUAAAUUUCAAGUUAAGAGCUGUGGACCGCUUCUGGAACACCCUGUAUAAAUAAUUGGGUAUAUCAAAUUUGAAUUUUUUGUUUUAAAUUAAACAAUUUUUGUAAUGAACUUUUUUUUUUGUAGCAACUGUAAUUACCCUUCCAGGUGGGGGGUCAAAAUAUAGUGAAUAACCCUGUACCUAUGACACAGUAUCCUAUAAUUACUUAAAUAUGUUCUCUCAAAACAGUAUUUUUUUAAAAUUAUCUAUUGAUAAAACAGGGUUUCUAGAGCCAUCUGAAAGCAAGGCAAGGCAAAGAUAUUUUCAUUUUGGUCGCAAAUAUAGUGAAACUCCCCAUAGUGAUAGUAGACAUUUUUUUUUUAAUAUCCCUUCCUGUGUAGGUAAAUGAAUGAAGAAGGGAACUUAGGGCCUUAAGGUAUAGAAGCACCUCCCUCGGCUCCCUCCAAAUUUCCAAAUAAAUUUCGAAGUUGGGGGGAAAGAGCCAUGCAGAGAGAGGGAGAGUUGUCUCCCCUAACCCCCACCCAAAAGUGGGUCAGGAUUAGAGAGUAAAUGCAUUCGCCAUCGUGCCAAGAAUGGAUCCUAGAAUAAAAAUACUUGAAUGGUUUCAGGUUCCUGCAUUACAGGAAUUUUUCGCUUCAAAGGAAGUUAUUAUUGUUGCGUUGUUGGCCCUAAUAAAGGUACAUUGACCCUUUAAACUUUUUGUUUUGUUUUUUGAUAAAAAUAACAGUAAAUUUAUAAUAGAAAAUUGAUGACGAAAUCAUGAAAUAUGGCCACGAGGAUGAUGUAAUUUAGGUGCAGCAUCGAUAGCAAAAGUGAGGCAAAAAAGCGAGAGGAGAAAAUCCAAAUCCUCCUCUCCACCAUCCACCACCACUUUUCCUUUUUAAAAAAGAUUGUUGUGGGGAUGAAUACACACGGGCACCCCUUCCACCAACGAAAUUUCUACGUAUCACGGCGACGAAGCUCCCUACCCCUUGCGACAUUUUGUGUCCAAACGUUCUGCUCCCGAGUCCUGCUGUCUGCUCGCAGCUCCAGACUUCGGACAAUCGCGAUUUCGUCCAGUUAGCAAACAGAAUAAUAAACUUACCGUCAAUCUGGAAGAUUUUCACUUGGAAAAAUUUGAAGAAAAAACUCACGACACUAUUUUACCGUUCAAUCGUCCCGUCCGCCAUAUUUAUAUUUUCUAGUUGCCAAUUAAAUUCUUUGUUGUUUUUUUGAAACGUCAGCAGAGGGCAUUUUUUGACAGCUCGCUCCCCGAACAGCUGUUGUUCUAUUUGAAUUUUUACCGCCACAAACAAAACUCCCUUGAUUUUUCUUUUCUAUGCAAAAAGAAUAUCAAUUUAUUAUUAUUUUAGUAAUUAUUUAUCAAUGUUUAUUAUUAAUUAAGUCAAAUAGUUUGUUUAUUUUGAAUUAAAACAAAUUUCAGUGAUUGGUAGAGUAGUCACAAGCUGGCAACGUUGUCUAGAAACUUUUGUGGAAUAAUGCAAAUUUUCCAAAUAUAAAUUUACCAGGCAAAAAUGCAAAAUUAUGAUUCUUUAUCAUUUGGCAACAUGGCCUGUCACAAAAAAGUGAGGUUAGAAAAACAUUGUUUAUGAAAAAUUCAAAAAAUGAAAAUCAAGCAAUUCCUAUUACUAAACUACACCCAACUGAGACGCAUUAGCACUACAACCCUCUUGUCUAAGAAACAACAACCCUCUACAAAAACGAAAAAUUCAAGCUCCCACGACUGGCUUUCCAGACAAUUGUCCGACCCCUUUGUAGAACGAGCCCGUAAACUGAACUACAGAUGCAGGAGCGCCUUUAAACUAUUAGAAAUCGACGACAGAUUCAAAAUUCUACAACCCGGCUAUGCGGUGGUGGAUUGCGGGGCUUCGCCGGGGUCUUGGACCCAAGUUGCUGUGCGACGAGUCAAUGCUGAUUUUGCAGACAAACAUUUGCCCAAAGGGGCUGUGAUUGCUAUCGAUAGACAGCUUAUUUAUCCUAUAGAGAAAUCCAAUCACGAAUUGCAAAUCAUGCUGUACAAAUCUUUAGAAGUUCAAAUGGAACAACAAUUUCACAUUAAAAACACUUUGAUGUAUCUCGUUUCUCUAAUGGAAAAAUUUCAACCCAAAGGGCUUGAAGUUCAACUUUCACAAGACAAAGCUAUUCAGAUCGCCAACAUUCCGAGCACUACGCAAACUAUUCAAACUUUAAGCGAUGAUAGUUUCGAUUUAAAUGACUUUAAGCUAGACCUGCUUCAACACAUGAGGCAAUUGAAGGAGGACGUUAUGCUUCUGAAGCAAUUGCUCUACAAAGCUGAUCCAUGUGCUGGAACUUUAGCUCCAAUAGAAGAGGAUCAUUUCGAUUUGUUUCAGUCACAAGCCAGGGCCGUAAAUUUUGUGAGGUUUUACAAAAUGAUGAGGAAACUCGGCGAUGAUGAUAAAAAGAAGAAUUUUGUUAGUGUGGAAAGUAAAGUUAUUAGGAGAAGAUGUAAUUUUUAAUAAUUAUAAAAUAAAUAGCAACAUCUAA